AAUUUCAAAACGCACGCAAAAGUUGUUUACAAAUCAAGCAAAUAUUUUACUCCUCAGAAUCAAUUAGUUUAAACCCGGAAAUACUUAAUUCUAAUUUAUAAAAAGGAUCAAGAACAAUAUUUACACUGUUUAACAAUGAAAUAAAGUUGAAAGAACAUCAAACAAACAAUAAGAUCACCGACGUCAAUAACAGGUUUUUAAUACCAAAAAUUCCCCAACUGACCUUGAAGAAGUAUUGAAAACAGAUUUAUCAUAUAGAAUAACAUCCGAGAAACAAAAUGCCAGAUAUAAAAGUAACGUGUUUAGGUGCUGGACAGGAUGUCGGUAGAAGCUGUAUAUUACUUAGUAUGGGCGGCAAAAAUAUUAUGCUUGAUUGUGGAAUGCAUAUGGGAUUUAAUGAUGAACGAAGAUUCCCAGACUUCUCUUACGUUGCUCUCGAAGGUCCUUUAACAACAUACAUCGAUUGUGUAAUUAUAUCUCAUUUUCAUCUGGACCAUUGCGGUGCACUUCCUUACAUGACAGAAAUUGUUGGUUAUACAGGACCGAUCUACAUGACACAUCCAACGAAAGCUAUAGCACCAAUUUUAUUAGAAGACAUGCGAAAAGUCGCUGUUGAAAGAAAAGGAGAAUCGAACUUCUUUACAACUCAAAUGAUUAAAGAUUGCAUGAAGAAAGUUACAGCUGUAACACUUCAUCAGUCGGUGAUGGUUGAUAAUGAUAUGGAAAUUAAAGCGUAUUAUGCAGGACAUGUACUUGGUGCUGCAAUGUUCUGGAUUCGUGUUGGAAAUCAAUCAGUUGUUUAUACUGGUGAUUAUAAUAUGACACCAGAUCGACAUCUUGGCGCUGCAAUGAUUGAUAAAUGCAAGCCAGACUUGUUAAUCACAGAAUCAACAUAUGCAACAACAAUUCGUGACUCAAAACGUUGUCGCGAAACUGAUUUCCUUAAAAAAGUUCAUGAAUGUGUAGCGAAAGGCGGAAAAGUUUUAAUUCCAGUAUUUGCAUUAGGAAGAGCUCAAGAGCUUUGUAUUCUACUUGAAACUUAUUGGGAACGAAUGAAUUUAAAAUAUCCAAUAUACUUUGCAUUAGGUCUGACUGAAAAAGCCAAUAAUUAUUAUAAAAUGUUCAUCACAUGGACAAAUCAGAAGAUCCGUAAAACUUUUGUUCAACGAAAUAUGUUUGAUUUUAAACAUAUUAAGCCAUUUGAUCGUGGAUAUAUUGAUAAUCCAGGGUCGAUGGUCGUAUUUGCAACACCUGGAAUGUUACAUGCUGGACUGUCACUUCAGAUUUUUAAGAAAUGGGCACCAAAUGAAAAUAAUAUGGUUAUAAUGCCUGGCUAUUGCGUUCAAGGAACUGUUGGACAUAAGAUCUUAGGUGGAGCAAAAAAGAUUGAAUUUGAGAAUCGACAAGUUGUUGAAGUCAAAAUGGCAGUUGAAUAUAUGAGUUUUAGUGCACAUGCUGAUGCCAAAGGAAUUAUGCAAUUAAUUGCCAAUUGUGAGCCUAGAAAUGUCCUCUUAGUUCACGGUGAAGCUGCAAAAAUGGAAUUUUUGAAAGACAAAAUUCGUGAAGAAUUUAAAAUUGACUGCUUCUCGCCAGCAAAUGGAGAAACUUGUGUCAUAAGGACACCAUUGCGAAUACCAAUCGAAUGUUCAUUAAAUUUAAUUAAGAAGGAACUUAAAGCUUAUAAUGCUCAACCGCCAGAUCCAAAACGUCGUCGAUAUUUUAAUGGUAUUUUAGCAAUGAAAGAUGGAAAAUUAAUUUUAAUGGAUCUUCCAGAAGUCUGGAAGGAAUUUAAUGGAAUCAAUAGACAUGUCAUCAAGUUCUCAUCUCUAAUUAAACUCGAAACAGCAUCAACCAAUUUUCAAAUUGUAGAAGAAAUUCACUCAUUGAUAAAGGAUAGAUUAUCAGCAUGGGAAGUUAAAAUUGUCGAUGGACAGUCAAUUAUAAUUGAAAGUGUUGUUGUAAAGCUCAAUGAGGAGAAUGCUGACAAAAAUCUUUGUGUAAGUUGGGAGAGUCAGGAUGAAGAUUUAGGACGUUACAUCUUAGGAUUGCUUCAAACAAUAUCAUAAAUUAAUAAAUGAAUAUGUAUUAUAAUUAAAGUUUUUAGGAUUUGGUCAUUUCCAGAGAUUUCUAAGGAUCUUCAAUUUUUAUGGAAAUUUUCUUAAUAAAAAAAGACAAGUAAAAUUUAUAUAAAGG